AUGGUUUUUUCGACAGACAAUUCGGUCGCUAAUCCACUACUAACGGCUAUCAUCGACGGAUUAGCGACGGAAUUGUCUGUCGCUGAUACUUCAGUUUCUAGUAGUGGGCAUCCAUCUUCAUCUAUAAGAAUGGGUGUUCUAAGACAACGAACCCACCAGAAGAAUACGACAAGCAGCCAUGGAAUAAAAAGAACCAAGAAACACCCAAAGACAACCAUUGCUUCUCUUCCAAAAGAUUUGUUGGUUGACAUUCUUGCCCAUGUCGGAUCAUCUUCGUUCAUUGAUGUUUUCAAUGCUAAACAAUGUUGCAAGGACUUUCUGGAAGCAACAGAAGAACAUUAUGUCAUUCAACGCAUUUCAAUCGACAAGUUUCCGAUGAUUCCAUGGUAUCCUCAAAGUGAUAAUGUUUGUUCAUUCCUAAUGAAUUGCUUCGACAAAGGAAACCCGGAGUCAUUAUUCAGACGAGGAAUUAUAGAUUAUUUUGAGAAGGCUGAAGUUGAAUCUGGAAUGGAGUAUCUAAAAAUGGCAUCCAAGAAGGAGCAUACUGAGGCCACGUAUGUUUAUGGGAUGAUUCUCCUUUCUCAAGGAGAUAGAAUGAGCGACCAAGGGUUGAAGCUGUUGAAUUCCAUGAGGAAUUCGCUAUCAAGAUGUUGGAACGUUGAUGAUUGUAGAAAUAAACCAAAAACACCAUUGAAGAUCAAAUCAAGCUCUAAUUGA